GCAACGGAGCAAGCUCUGCCUAUCGUACAAGCCUUAACGGCUGACGAUGCAACCCCGGACCUCAACCAAGAGGCCGUGGAACAACUCAUGGCAGUGUUCCAAGAUCGCGUCACCAACGCGAUGGCGCAAGAAGAACGCAUACACCCCGCAGCUUUGCACGAGUGGUUGCGUGAAGCUAUUGUAUCCGUCAUGGAACAAAGCCCCACAAGCCCUGCUUGGGGAUUUGUCCCAACUGCAAUGGUGGCCCGAGGGCGCAGCCCGGGCAAGCAUAAAGGUAAAGGAAAAGGCAAGGCCAAGGCGAAAGGGAAGCCGCAGCCUCCCGAGCAGCAGCCGACAACUACCGCAGAACCGGAGUUUUACCGCAUAUCGGACCCCCUUGGGGCCGAUACCUUUUCAGGAAGCAGAGAUCCUGAGCUGGACGCUGACUAUCGCGAAGCUAUUCUCCUGGAAAGCUUUCGCGCGGACAGUGAGCUUCAUGAUCCUUUCCCUGGAGAUUCCUCGGACGAUGGUGCCCCUGGGAGUUACAACGUCGAGGAGUUGGAUGAUGCCCUCGAGCGGCAAACCGCCGAGGAGGAAGCCCAACGAGAACUUGACGAAGCUUUUGCUCGAGCUCGUCAACAGAUCGCUGGUGAAGAGGAACCGGACUCCAUUACGGUCCUCGAGUCUGCUUCUGCCCCAGCCAACAAGCUUCAGGUGCGUCAUGUGGCUGGAAGAGAACUCCAGCGCCUGGAUUAUCAAGCGCGAAAUCCAGUUCACGUCCCGGCUGUGCCACAUUGGCACGGACUGACAGAUCAGGACCGCGAGGAGGAAAACCGUGCUCAAGCAGACGCCUGGCACCGCCGGCGUGAUGCUAUCCUCGCGGAAGCACAUGCAAAGUUAGCUGAGAGGAACCCCUCGGGGUCCUCUGGGGCGGGGAAUCCUUUGGGACCCGACCGCAGCGAGCUCAUCGCCUGGAGCUGCUCCCGAGAGGAGCGUGGGUCUGGGCAAGGUACCCAUACGGGAUCUGGGGAAGGUACGGGAGACGGACCUUCACCAGUCGCCAUGGUCCUCCUGGCGCCAGUACCCGAUUAUGACAGACUGGUUAACGGAUGUCUGUGCAGCAAGACCUCUGUGCACUUCGAGCGCCCGGCGAGUGAAUGGCCCAACAUUAUCGUCUUCACGGGCGGCGCCAAGUACCAGUUUGAUGCUCAGGGGCGUGACCGCAAGAGAAUCCACCACAAAGAUGGUUGGGUGGACUCCUUGCACCGAAGCGUAGCCAUGGGCACUCUGAUCAGCGCUGGGCUUUACGUUCUUGGGAUGGACCAUUUUCUUGGCCAUCUCCAUGCCAAUGCCAGCUGGGCUGAUAUGAGGUGCGGCGGCAAGUGCGCGAGAUGCCGCGGUCAUUUUGACCAUGCCGAAGCUACCCAGCUCGGCAACCGGGUACUAGCACAGAUAGACCCGCAGAUGACGCGCUCUCACGUGGCGCCGCAGUACGCCCAACAAGCAGCCAAAGGAAGGUACCUCACCAGGACCUUCCGAUCCUGUGCCAACGCAGGCGCCGGACCAGAGUGGAUCGAGUGGCGCUUCGCCAUCCGUGAACUUCAAGAGUCCAAGGACCGUAAUGCGGCCUUGGAGCUGAGGAUUCAAGAUCUGGAGGCGCAGAAUCGCAAUCUGUAUGGGCAAGCGUGUGUUGUCGAGGAGUGGAACGUCCGGUUUCAGGAUCAGCAGGAAAAGGGGUUUCUCUCGGGGUACUACCUGCAGACCCUGCAGCAGUCUCCCAGGAGUACCCGUCGCGGGACUCCAGGCCGUGGCCGAUCUACCCGCGGGAGAUCGAACUCUGAAGAUGAGACCUAUAUCUCGAGGAGUUCUACGCCGCAGCGCUCCCGCUCUGGCUUUUUCCGACGAGGCAAAAUGGGCGAUCGGUCGAUGACACCAGCAGAGGUGGUGGACUCUCCCCGACACCAACCCCUCCGGGUGCAGCUGGAAGUUCCACCGACAGGACCAGCCCUGGCCACAGCACUGCGUUCGGAGAUGGUCACGGCACCAUGGAGGUCAUCCUGGAGGAGACUCUCAACGAAGUUCCUGGAAUCGACACCCUGGGCAGCCAACCUGUCGUUUCCCGACCUGAUGGACCUCGCGCGGGCCAUCAAGAGGAACCUCAAUGACGAGCCAGGUAGCAUCCGAAUCAUGCUGCGGGAUGCGCCCAUGGAAGCCCAAGUACCGCCUUUGGCGGACUUCCCUCUACCCUCCGGGGGGAGCCGUCGCUUCAUGGUCCUUGCCCGUCCAGCAUUAGCGGACGCAGGCUUCAUGGACCAUCGCUCUACCUACAGAGGAGAGCGCAAGCCCGAGGGACAGGGCAAGAAGAGACAGCAGCGCGAGCAGUUCCGUGGAGCGUACAGGGGGGAUGGGGCCCAGGAGUUAAUGCAACUACCGAUCCUAUUGUCCUUAAGCAAGGCCCCGGAGACUGGAAAGAGGUUCCAAGGAAACGAGAAUCAGCCCGACGACCACCUCCACCACCUCGACCUCUGGUCGGAUGAUGAGAUAAGCAAGCAGCUAG